ACUCCCCAGUCCCCACAGCAGCCCUAGCUGCUGUUGUAGUUCCUUAGCCAACAAGUUAUAAACCCAGUAAUUUCAUACAUAGCCCACGUUUUGUUUGUUUAAUUUCUAUUAUUCUCUUCGUAUUGCAUGACGCCGUUUCAUUAGCGCGCGACCCAGCGUAUAAUCACGAGGUGGCAAUUGGAUCGGAUUCGUGUAUUGGAUUAGUGGAUCUAUGGAUCCAAUGGGUUGGUGGAUUCAUAGAUUGGUGGAUUGAUCCAUGAAUCCAAAUGACUAGGGGUGUUCAAAUGGUUACCGUGGUAAUAACCAAACCAAUUAAGCUUAAAUUUCAUUAACCAUGGAAUAAAAUGUCUUAACCAAACCGUUCAAAUUAACACGAAACCCAAAUUAACCAAACCAAAGUUUAAUUGGUUUGGUUGAUCGGAUAAUCGGAUUAACCACAUAACAUAACAUUACAUCAAAACAAUUAUCUUGUUAAUAAAUAAAACAUAACCAUAUGAUAUUACUAUCAUAAAAUUUCAUUAUAUAUAAGCAAUAAUAAUAAGACUAACCAUGAUUAUCAUCAUCGUUCGAGUUAAUACAUCAUUCAUCAUCUCUGCACCUAAUAUAAUUAGCUUACAACAAACCCUUAACAUAUAAGUAUUAAAUACAAACCAAUACCACUCAUCAGGAAGUUAAAGCUCUCCUACAAAACACUUAAACUAUACAUAGUUUGAGGUGGCUGUCAUGGUAUUGUACGUAAUCAUAAAGUCUAGUAGUUGUCCAAAAUAUUUUGGUUUAGUAAAUAGGCAGACCCAUUUAAUUUUUGACCCAUAAUGCUUUGGUUUGUUGUGCACAUGGAAAUAAAAUAGGGAAUCACCAAACUUUGGUUUGGUUGGUUGCAUGGAAGUAUAUAUAAUUUUGUAUAUUAGGUAUAUCAUUAAUUGGUUAAUUGAUUUCAUUGGUUAGCAGUGUCUAAACCAAACCAAACCAAACCACCUAAACCAAAUAAGCUAAAUUGUUUAACCAAACCAAACCAACUAUCCAAAUUAACCAAACCAAAUUAACCGAAUACUCCCGGUUAAUAUGGCUACUACGGUAACCAAUCCAUUUGAACACCCCUACAAAUGACAUCCAAGGUUUGGACCAAAAUGUAAAUUUGAAAAGUUUAGGUACUAAAAUGCCGUAAUGAAAAAUUUUAGGUAUCAAAAUGUAAUUUUCCAAUUAUAUUUUUCGUAAAAAAAUAUAAAUUUUAGGUACCAAAAUGUAAAAUAUAAAAAUAUAGGCACUAAAUCGUAAUUUGUCAUUUGGAUCCAUGAAUUGAUCCAUAAAUCCACCAAUCCAAUUGGAUUUGGAUAAAAUGAAUUUGAAUUAAAUGAAUUGGAUUAAGUGAAUAAUUUGAUGGAUGGAUUAAAUUCAUGAAUUUGGAUCCUAAUUGCCACUUCUAAUCUCGUGACACGAUCCGUACGUAUGUAUCCAUGUAUGCAGACCAAGUUUCCAUAUGCCUUCUUCUCAACGACACAUCAUCAAUACCUAUUUGUUCUCAUUCCUACACCAUCCGCUCUCCCCUUCCAACACUUACCAUAUAUAAUAUAAAUACCGUCCCCGUACAAGGAAAUAAACCCAAAGAUCUCUCUCUUCACAGAAGAAAAAAAAAAAAAACCACACUUGUGUUCGUUCACAUGUCGGAGAGAGUAAGCAGGACCGCUUCUUCGUCGCCCUUGGGUGGCAGUAGUAGAAGUACCAGCAGCAGCCCUGGUCCUCCACCGGACCAAGACAGCGACACGUACGAGGAAGUCUUCGACACGUGGCUGGCUGACCAGGAGCGCCACCUCAAGGAGCUGAUCUCGGCGGCCGACAUCUCCAGCGACCAGCCGGACCUCCUCCGCGGGCUCUUGGGCCGGGUGAUGGACCAGUACGAGCACUACUACCGGGCCAAGUCGUCGUCGGUCCAUCAAGACGUGCUGGCCAUGCUGUCCCCGUCGUGGAGGAGCACGCUGGAGGACGCCUUCCUGUGGAUCGGCGGGUGGCGGCCUUCCAUGGCUUUCCACGUCAUCUACUCCAAGUCGGGGCUCCAGUUCGAGACCGGACUCCGCGACAUCCUCCAAGGGAUCCCCACCGACGACCUGGCCGACCUCUCCGGCGAGCAGCUCCGCCGCAUCGACGAGCUCCAGCGGCGGACGGUGAGGGAGGAGAGGGAGAUCACGGAGGAUAUGGCCAAGGUGCAGGAAUCCGCUGCGGACUCGUCCAUGGUGGACCUCUCCCAUUCGGUCAGCCAGAUGAUGCGGAACGGAGGAUCGCCGAGUAUGGACGAGCGGGUGGAUAGCACGUUGGUGGUGAAGGAGAGGCAGAUGGAGGAGGUUUUGCAUGCGGCAGAUGAUCUGCGGCUGAGGACGCUUAGGGCGAUUGUUGACGAGAUCUUGACUCCCAUCCAGGCCGUCCAUUUUUUCAUCGCGGUGGCCGAGCUGCAUCUGCGUGUGCAUGACUGGGGGAAGCGGCGGGAUGCCGUGGACGCAUCUCAGCCGUCCACGUGAUAUUUGUCAGGAAUAGUCUGUGAUACUCGAAAUAUAUUCUAGUUUAGUCCAGAGUGGUCCUUUAUCAUUUAGAAGGUUUGGUUAUUAUGUUUUGUUCCAUUUAUUCAUUGUCAUAUUCUAAUAUGGGAUCAAUUGUAAUGAGAGGUUCUGAUAUAAAAAAAUUGUAAUAAGGAGGUUAAUUAGCCACUUCUGAUAAUGGUAGAUUUUCCAGUAAUAAAUAUAAUACGAUAAUAAAGAAUCGUGAAACCAUACUAAAGGAAAAGUGUAGUUUAAUCGUAAUUCAAUCAUUCGAACUACUAAAAUUGUUCAUCGAUUUGGAUCCGAUAUUAUAAUAUUUGCCUUCCAACUGGUCGGUCUGAGGGUUGCUAACUUGCUAUGCUAAAUGAAUUGUAUGUAUGUAC